AUGGAAAAACAUCUGUUUUGUGCAUUACGAAUGCUUAAAAUAGAAGAUAGCAGAAAAAGAGCAGAUCCAACGCCAAUUAUCGAGCAGGCGAUUGUGUGGAAACUGCAAGCGGAGAAGGCCGAUACAGCGAUUGAAGAAGCAAAUCAUCUGCGAGCUCAAGUCGCUCAAGCCCACACAGAAUUGGCUGAUUUGAGGAAUCAAGAUGUCACAAUCCGCCAACUUCGAGAAACUAUAAAGCAGCUGGAAGAAGAAAAGACGAGAGAAGUAGAAAAAGCAGUCGUCGUCAUUGAAAAGGACCUGCGCACUGAGUUCUCCAUACGUGAUCACGAGACUACAAUGCGCUCUGAUAAACUCAAAGCCGAAAAUGCGGCUCUUGAAAAAAAGGCGAGUGUCAUUCAUUCAUCCGUAAGCGAGCUCGAAGCACUGAUGAGAGAUGCACAAAGACGGCUAGAUGUCGCACGGGUGGCGGCUGACCGAAAAGAAGCUCUAGAGAACGAACAAAUCGAUAUAUUGAGUAGAGAUUUGAACGACGCCAACAGAAGAGUGGCUCAUUUGGAAGCAGAGUUGAACCGAGUUAGAGAAGAGUUGGCCGAUGUACGCGCUUCGUCUAAACGGGGUGGAUUGGAGGACAUCGCCGUUCUGGGUGGUCUCAUGAAGGAGAAGGACGAGCAGAUUGCUCGUCUUACCGAAGAGAAUCAGCGCCUAGUCGAGGCAGCAGCGGCGGACGCGAGCAAAGCACGCUUACGUUGCGAUGAGUUGGCUACGGAGCUGGAGAAGCGGACUCAUCAGAUAAAGCAGUUGGAGGCUCUACUGGCUGAUAAGAGUGAUUACGAGGCGAUCAAAAAGGAAUUAAGGUUGUUGCGAGAAAUCGAAUUCGGCGAGGCGGCGACCGCGAACGAAGAGUCUAUUGCACGUCUGGGCGAAACCGUCCAAUCGUUGGAUAGGUUGUUAGCAGCGAAGAACCGUCGCCUUCAGAACGAUAACGCGCAACUGCGACAGACAAAUGAACGAUUCCAAGCAGGCUUAUUUGUUCAGAACAUUUCGAAAGUUGGCUUCGACAAGCCAUUGGAGAAAGUUUCAGGAGAUGACAUUAUGCAGGCAAUCCUAGCUGGCAGCCACCAGUCAGUGGUGGAAGCUGUAACGACUCGAGUGGGACGAGAGGUAGCUGAGCGAUAUGUGGACCCCGACGGAGAACAGGCUCGACGACCAUCUAAAUUCAACGCUCAGGAGCCCUCUCGCUCCAAAUCUGAACCCGAUGAUAAAACGAAUCUUUUCAAGAUACUUAUGGUUCGGGUGGCAGGAAAUGUUCGUGAGCUUGGUUCACGUGCUCUGAAUACGGCAGAGAUCGCGAGGCAGUGUAAACGCCUCAUGGUUGCGUACAACAUUGGGCAACGCCUGUUCGCAAAAUACGUCAUGAACCAGUCUCAAGGCUCACUAAGUGAAUUGUUGUCGAAACCGAGACACUGGAGCAAGCUCACCGAUAAGGGACGUGAAGCCUUCCGUCGGAUAUACGGCUGGAUCUCGGAUGCCGAAGCAGUCGAUUUGCUGUGCUCGUUGAGUCCACGUCGUGUGUGGCCAAGUGAAGUUCGUAUUGAGCAUCCCACUCCAGAAUCCUUAUGGGAAGGAAAUAGCGGUCUCGUUCCACCCGAUGAACCCGACGAGAAUUCGUAUAAACGGGCAGCUAGUGCUCGUGAGGAUCAGUAUCGUCUUGCUGGCACGAAUCAGGCUGCAAACGCUGGAUCAACAACGAGAAACAGUAGGUGGCGUCAUGACGACAUCCCCAAGGAGAAGAUUAUGAGCAUAUUCCAGACGGAACUGGCCAAAUUGAGGGAGCAGUCUGAGGAGCCAGCGCCGUUGUAUCAUGAAAUGUCGCAUAACGAGAGAAUGGCUUCUAUCAGUCAUGCGCAUCAGAUAAUGAAUAGUAGAAUGCGUAUCGGGUUGUCUCCAAUCACUCAGGAGCAGUUUGAGAUGUUUGGGCAUAUCGACACUGAUGAUGUUGUCAGACAGGGCUCUGUGUCUGAUUUGUUGGCUCGUCCGAAGCAGUGGAAUAUGUUGACACAGAAGGGCAGAGAACCAUUCAUACGUAUGAAGCUGUUCAUGCGUGAGGUCUCCCAAUCAGCCAAAAAGGACAUCGUCCAACGGGAUAUCGAUAGUAUACAAAUUGAUGACGAACCAAAUGCGAUAAAUACAAGCGGAGGUGAGCUCUUCAGCGAAGCAGAUACGGCGCCGACGACAAAGGUAAAACGCGAAAUAGUCGAGGACGACGACAGUGUAAUCGGUCUUCCGCGCUCCGAAUUCGACACCAUGAGCACCGGCACCCUGGACGAAGCAACGGAUUCUGGUGCAGAUGCCGAAAGUGUCGACACAGCGCUUCUUGUUCGAAAGGUCAAAGAUCGUCUUCACUUGCACGGGAUCUCGCAAAGGCUCUUCGGUGAAGCGGUCCUCGGCAUCUCCGCUGGCGGAUGUUCGGAGCUGUUUUUGCGUCCGAGACGAUGGUCUACAUUAUCCGUGAGAGGGCGAGAGCCUUUCGAGAAAAUGAAGGCAUGGUUGGCUGACAAAGAAGCCGUUCAGAGGCUUCUCGUCAGGGAGCGGAUUGAUGCUGGACUACCGCUUGAGAAAAACCUCGUGAACGGGAAUGGCAAGCGCUUGUCUGAGCCACUUUUCGAUUCUCCGCCUCGUAAAGUGCAGCGCACUAUAAUCACGGAACAGCAGAAGGAGGCGCUUCGAUUUGUCUUCCAACAUGAGCAUCAUCCGAGCCAGAAGACGGUCGAACUGUUAUCGCUGAAAUUGAAUUUGAACAUUCGAACGGUGAACAAUUGGUUCCAUAAUCAUCGAACGAGACAGAAAGCGAGUCUGAAAGAAGGAAAGGUCUAUCCACCUGCAGUCGGCUCGAUCCCGACUAGCAAAAAUUGGCAACAGGUAUUGGAAUUACUGCUUCUUCUGAGCAUUCCUUUGAGUGCAUUCGAUGUGGUUAUUUCGUGGGUUGAGCCCCGCUCAUUGGGAAAAGGCAAAUUUUACAAUCUGAUUGUUCCAUUGGGAAAAGGCAAAUUUCACAAUCUGAUUGUUCUCUCAGGACUGCUGCUCUUUGUAGUGGCAGCCUUACUAGGAGACCAGUAA